CAGACGCCUCUUUGUGUAGGAUGCUUCAAAACAUGAUAAAAGGCGAAUGACUUCAUAACAUCCAUCAGUGAAGUUCAGGAAGCCAUCAACACAAAGCUACAUUUUUUGUCUUCUAACUCCAGCAUGUUGUUGCUCUUCUUGUUGGGCCUGGCUCUGGUUGCCAUGUCUCCCUCGAACGGGAGUGAACUUGUGCUGGAGAGAAACAGUUGUCCAGAGUUCUGGUACAGCUUCAAYGGCCGCUGCUACAAGUACAUCGCCACAAAAAUGACCUGGGCUGAUGCGGAGAUCCACUGUCAGUCCGUGGACAGCAACCUGGUAUCCAUUCACAGUCUGGAGGAACACAACUUUGUCAAUACCAUGAUCAAGAGCUUUGAUCUUACUCAGGCCUUCACCUGGAUUGGACUCACUGAUCUCCACAAGGAAGGAUUCUGGAUGUGGUCAGAUGGGUCCAAAAUGGAUUUUCAAUAUUGGGACGAAGGACAGCCAGAUAAUGCAGGAGCAAAUGAAAACUGUGGACACACCAACAUGUACACACACCAUAAGUGGAAUGACUAUGUGUGCUCACUGACAUUUUCUUUCGUCUGUAAAAGGCACAUCACUUGUUGGUAGAGGCAGAGAAAAUCAUCUGAAUCUGCUGUCCAAUUUAACUUGUGUCUGCAGUCAAGAAAUAAAUCUGUAUAAUUAACAAAAAAAAGAAAACUGA